CAGGGUCUGUGUUCCCGUACAGGGUCUGUGUUCCUGUACAGGGUCUGUGUUCCCGUACAGGGUCUGUGUUCCCAUUCAGGGUCUGUGUUCCCGUACAGGGUCUGUGUUCCCAUUCAGGGUCUGUGUUCCUGUACAUGGUCUGUGUUCCCAUACAGGGUCUGUGUUCCUGUACAUGGUCUGUGUUCCCACUCAGGGUCUGUGUUCCCAUUCAGGGUCUGUGUUCCUGUACAGGGUCUGUGUUCCCACACAGGGUCUGUGUUCCCACACAGGGUCUGUGUUCCUGUACAGGGUCUGUGUUCCCAUUCAGGGUCUGUGUUCCCACUCAGGGUCUGUGUUCCCGUACAGGGUCUGUGUUCCCGUACAGGGUCUGUGUUCCCGUACAGGGUCUGUGUUUCCACAAAGGGUCUGUGUUCCCGUACAGGGUCUGUGUUCCCAUUCAGGGUCUGUGUUCCCGUACAGGGUCUGUGUUCCCAUUCAGGGUCUGUGUUCCCACUCAGGGUCUGUGUUCCUGUACAGGGUCUGUGUUCCUGUACAUGGUCUGUGUUCCCGUACAGGGUCUGUGUUCCUGUACAGGGUCUGUGUUCCCGUACAGGGUCUGUGUUCCCACUCAGGGUCUGUGUUCCUGUACAGGGUCUGUGUUCCCACUCAGGGUCUGUGUUCCCACUCAGGGUCUGUGUUCCUGUACAGGGUCUGUGUUCCCAUUCAGGGUCUGUGUUCCUGUACAGGGUCUGUGUUCCCACUCAGGGUCUGUGUUCCUGUACAGGGUCUGUGUUCCCGUACAGGGUCUGUGUUCCUGUACAGGGUUUGUGUUCCCACACAGGGUCUGUGUUCCUGUACAGGGUCUGUGUUCCCGUACAGGGUCUGUGUUCCCACACAGGGUCUGUGUUCCCAUACAGGGUCUGUGUUCCCACACAGGGUCUGUGUUCCUGUACAUGGUCUGUGUUCCCAUACAGGGUCUGUGUUCCUGUACAGGGUCUGUGUUCCCGUACAGGGUCUGUGUUCCCACUCAGGGUCUGUGUUCCUGUACAGGGUCUGUGUUCCUGUACAGGGUCUGUGUUCCCACUCAGGGUCUGUGUUCCCGUACAGGGUUUGUGUUCCCACACAGGGUCUGUGUUCCCACUCAGGGUCUGUGUUCCCAUUCAGGGUCUGUGUUCCUGUACAGGGUCUGUGUUCCCGUACAGGGUCUAUGUGCCCAUACAGGGUUUGUGCUCCUCUACAGGGUCUGUGUUCCCACACUGAUCUGUGUUCCCAUUCAGGGUCUCUGUUCCACUUUGUGAGGUUCACAGGAGCUGCCUUUAUUGGUUGAAUAGGCAAUAGCCUUUUCCUAAGAACAGUCACCAUUUCUCCUCUUUAAACAAAACGGAAUUAUAUGACAAGAUAUAAGCUUAAAAAUUUAAGAUGUUUAUUAUUAAACAAAACCACUUACUAGAUUAGCUAGAUCAUGUUUUAAUAGCAAAUUGUAUAGCUAAAAUCUCUUGGUUCCAAAUAAAAAACUGGUUUAAUUCUUUGCCAGUCAAGUUGUGCUGCCUCAUUUCCGUUUACCAUGAAGGUACCAUGCUGGGCAUCUUCAUGAACAAAAUAAUUGGAAUUUUCAACAAGGAGGUAUCAUUUCUCAUUUUGCCUUCUAAAUCAGGCUUACAUGGAAAAAACACUGAAAUAUUUGAUAUUUGAAAAAACAGAAUAGUUUAAUCUGGCAAGAGGAAAUUAGGGCCUAAAAGCUGAGACCUGGCUCCCAGUCAAAAACCAGUGUGUAGGAUGUGUACUUGGUCCCUGAGUGACUGGCCAAGCCAUAAGGCAGAAUUCCCUGUAUGGUUUGUGUUGACUUGCCUGCAGUGACUCCUCCUUUGGUUCAUGUUGGCUAAUUAUGCCUUCUAUCCUGAUGGUAGUAGUGGAAGUUUAACCUGUUUUUAUUUGCUUGUGCACUCUAAUAGUGCUGCAGUUUGUUUUGUGGAGGAGAUUAUUAAAACAGAAACACAGAACUCAGAAAGUGGUGAAAAAAACCAAGAGGAACUGGAACAAUCAGUCUUAAGCAGGAGCCAGCUCUUCAAGCCACCUUCCCUAUUCAUGGAUUCUUCAACCCGUUGCUAUUCAGAGGCCUUGUUCCCUUUAGCAGGCAUCACCCGCGAUGGUGUUUGCAUGAGCUGUGUGCUGCAUUAGCCUUUACAGAUGGGCAUGCACUGUACAAUGUUCUGUGACAUGGUUAAAAUAUGUCUGAGAGUAUCAGACUGUGCACUAUGCCACUCUGGGAGGGAGACGACGUGCUGGUCUGGCCAUUUGCCUCUGCCAGCCAUUAUCAUUUUGUGUGUGUGGAAUAUACAAAUAUUCUUUACCGGGGACAUUUUAUUCAUUCAUAACCACACGGAUUUACUCUGGAGUUUGCAGCAAAGGGCCCUGCAAAUAAGGACUCAGUCACUAAAAAAUGGGACUUGCAGCAGAGAAAGAUCCUUCCUGGUGUCUAGGAUGGGGAAGACACUGGGGUGCACGGCCGAUCAGAGGUGGGUGAGAGCAGACAGGUCACAGAGUGACGAAGGGACCUGCAGGGAUCACUGAGUCCCACUCUUCAGCGAGUGGCCCUACAGGGACUGAUCCCAUGCCUGUGACACACCCAGCCCGGGGCUGCUCUGCUUCACAUCCCUCAGGGGUCACUCCCUUCUCCUUCAGUCCCAAGAAAAGCCAAGGGUAGGUGUCCCUAAAGUUCUUUAGGAGCCUAAGAUCUAUAUUUGAAGUUCACUUUUAGUCCUGAACCAAGAGUUAGGCUUCCUUAUCAUAAAGACAGAUUGGAAUGAGGCAGCAGGGCCUUUGGCAAGGACUCUUAUGAAUUUCCAGAUAGGGAACAAAGUGCUUGGUAGUACCUGUGAUUCAGUAAGACAACCUGGUGCAGUCUCCUCCAGGUCUGAGUGUUCCUAAAAGCAUCUGUUAUAAUUUACACCUGGAGAACUGCCAUGGGAUUGCCACAGAUGUUAGGUAGCAAAAGGAACAGCUGGAAUUGGUUUCUUUUAAAACACUAUACAGAUGAAGGAACUGAUAAAAGUUAGCCUGACCGCUUGGGUGAUGGAUUUUCUGAACUGUGUUCAGGCUCAAAGCAUUCCCCAGUCAUGGAAAGCUGUGUAUGUAUUGUCUGUCACCUUUCCUGGUUAAAAGUUUUCUGUCUCUUGUCACAGGCUUGUUACUCUGGCAACACAUGAGAUAACUAGAGUUCAUAUCCCUGAAUAUAUAUACAUACAUCCAUAGAGUUAGUUUAUCAUUUAAUUGUACUCUGUAAUCAGCAAAUGUGUGUUUGUUUGUUUGUUUUAAGAGUGAAUCCAUUGCAGUUUUCUGCUCUCAUGAAGAUCUGAAUAUUUUUGUGUUAUUUUUUAGAUCACAGCAUUUAAGUGUUGAUGUAUCAUCAAACAGAAUUCUUCUCUUCAGAGAAGCCAGUAAAAUGAUCUGUACAUUGGUAAUCAGAUCCUCUCUCAUGGGACUUUGUCAAAAGAUCAGGUUCAUCUGCUGAAACUCAAGGGCAUUUCCAUCUGUUACUGUCUCUCCACUCAAAUCUGCCUUAUGUGGAAAUAAUGUCAGCUGUGGCGUCUUCAAGUUGAAGAGGGACGACCACUUUGACAAUGUACUUCAGGCCUGUGUCAAAAUGCUGCUCUCAGUAUCCCACAGUGACCUGCUAGUAAGCAAUUACUCAUCUUGGGAGUCUUUAUGUGAAAUUUGAAAUAACACCACCACAGGCUUUCUGUUGGUAUAAUGAGAGGGAUCCAGAACAGCUCAAAUGCAGUUUUCAGUUCAAUUACUUGAAUUUAUGUAUAUAGUGACAUCUGAAAUACAGGUAUGACUGAAGUGCCACGUGAAACAGGAGCUUUUAGAGAAUGCUCACUAGGCUUGUAAAAGAAAGAAAUGCAGGUUUUUUUCCCCUUUCUAUACUUGCAAACCCAUUUUGUUGCCUGCAUGCACUGUAAAGCAUCCUCAUAUAUCCAGCUACUCUGCAAUUAGUUUCAAUCUGCAAAUUGUCACUGCACUGUGUAUUCCCCAUAAAAUGGAAAACUUUAAAAUUAAAGUGCACCAUGUUCCCAUUUCUCUGUGGGAAGACAACAGAUCUUGCAUAAUAUCAGCCUGAAUUCGAGCUGUGACUUCUUCUUUGUGACACUUUCGUUCCGAGCUAUGGUUGUCAUUCAGGAGGGGACAAAUCUGGGAUAGUCAGAGGUGGUAACACCCAGGUUUAUUUUUGCCACAUAAAGAAAGUCCACAGAAGUGGAAAGUUGCUCUCAAUUAAGUCAGUGUAUUGUCUGUAUAGUCAAACAUGCCCAACGGGCACAUUCCCAGCUCUCCAACGCUUAAUUCCUAAACAAGAAUCCUUAAGAGGAAGAUGAUGGUUUGAUUGAGCUGAUGGGCUCAAGCAGGGACCUGUGCCUGUGCACAGCCUCGUAAGGGAGCUCACUUAGGCACCAAAAAAAGUCUCUCUCUGAGGUGGUUUGGGGAAAUCUGUGGUAAAUCUUGGUGAGGUUUCCUGCAGAAGGCAAGAUACGCCUGGAGUCCUGCACAGAACUAUCCCAGUCUUCCUGGACUGAGAGCUGUGUCAGAUGGCAAAGCACGGGAGUGGGUUUGGACUAUCCUGAGCUUAUUUUAAAUAAUAGCAAGUUAUAUCUAAUGGUAAAUUUGAAAAGUUGAAAUCUACUGAAGACAAGAUAAUAUUUUGUCUCUCAAAAUAUUCUGAUUUAUUAGCUAGUUUAGAAUUUAUCAUACUGUCAGAUCUGUAAGAUCAUUCUUCUGUCAUCUGUUAAUGUUGUUAAUAUUAGUCACUGCUAGUAUCAGUAUUUUCUAUGAAUGUGUACUCCUUUUUUUCAGUAAUACCCAAAACGAAGCCACUCUUAUAACCCAUUUUUGGAGUGUCUGACCCAGGAUCAUAUGAGUUUCAUUACCAGUUUAGAAUCUCACGUCUUAAUCUAUAUUCUGACCUCAACAUCUGAAGGACUCAUUGCAGUAGAUAAGAAUUGCUUUCACUUGGCUAAAGAAAGAAUUCAAGUAUUUAGAUAUCUCAGAUUUUCAAGGCAGCACAUUCAUGUGUAUCUUCAAAAGAAUUAAUAUGAGGGACAAUGGAAGAUGCUGAAUUUUGAUGUUUGGAAUUUGGAAGAUGCUUGGAUUUUGAUUAUUUAAAGAAUGUGAUUCUUUUGGUUACUGGAGUUAGGUUCUUUUAAACCUGUAGAUUUUUACAGAGAGUGAUUUUAAAUAUUCUUUUCUUACAAGCCAGAAUUGUUAAACUUAUUAAUGUGCCUCUCCUGCAAUUGUACUGAAAAGUCAUGCAUUUGCUAUUCAGAAGAAAAAUACUAAUGUGUGUACAGGUAUCUGUGGGGGUUUUUUUCUGUUUGAUCAGCAUAGCUGUUGUGUAAAUAAUGCUUGUUCUGCACAGCUGUGAUGUGAUUUGAGGAAUGUAAAGGUAUCUGCCCAUGGUAAAAAGAAACCAGUUACUCAGUACUUCCAGAAUACACUUUGGGGGAGAAUCAGAGCCACAGAAGCACACUUGGAGUGUGAUACAAACACAGCAUCUGAUUGCAGUUCAUUGAAUUCACUUACACUGUUUAAUUUAUGCUUUUGAACCAGAUGACUGUCCAAUAAUUUGGGGUUUGGGCCAGGGAGUGCUAGUCUAAACUAACUUGGAAUAUGAAGAAGGAGACAGCAUUUGGGGGAAGAAAAAAAAUAAACCAUGCAGUUACAUUCUGCUCACCGGAGAAUACCCUGCAGUUUCUGACAGGGAAGCUGUUCAAAUCCUUCAGUCACGUUUAUUGAUUAGGGGACUUACUGGGGGAAGAAAUCGGAGCACACCCCCUGCGUGUGUGUAGAUGCCGCUGUG